AACCGUCUAGUUUCGUCCAUAAAGUACGUCGAUCGCAUAAAAUAUUUGAGUUUCAAUGCUCAUUAAUAUAAAUUCUAUCUGUAAUACGAACAGUGUCAAAUACUCUACAUUAAAGUAGCUCGUAGAGAAGCUGGUAACAUCACAUAAUCCAAUAGCACGCAUUUUAAGCAUCUUACGACAUUUUAUUAUGUUUCACAAUGAAUAGAUGGUGUUUAGCAAUACUUUUCAUUAAUAUAGUUAUACAAGGAUGUUUGUCACAAAAUGGAAAGGAAUGUACAGAUAUCAAUAAUUUAGACAAUCAGCGAUUAAUGUCGCUAAUGAAAGCCAUUGUCCCAGAAUUAGAAGGGAAAAGAAAAGGCGAUGCAGGAAAAAUAGGAGUUAUAGGAGGUGCUACAGAAUACACAGGAGCUCCAUAUUUUUCAGCAAUAACAGCUUUAAAGGUUGGAGCUGAUUUAGUAUAUGUUAUAACAACAGAGAGUGCAGCGCCAGUUAUUAAAGCCUAUAGUCCUGAUCUUAUAGUUUAUCCAUAUCUUAACACGAAUACUGUAUCUAAAAUUUAUUCAUUGUUAAACAAGAUGGAUGUUAUUAUUAUCGGUCCAGGAUUAGGUAGAGAAGAAGAAACAUUAAAAUUAAUAUAUGAAAUAUUCAUUGAAUGUAAAAAAUUGCGUAAGCCGCUUGUUAUUGACGCCGAUGGGUUAUAUGCUGUUUCCAAGAAUUUAUCAGUUUUACAAAAUUACCCUAGUCCUGGUAUUAUUUUUACACCAAAUUACAGAGAAGCUAAUAAAUUAAAGCAAGCGAUUUCACUGAAUGAUAGCAACUGGUUUAAUUAUUGGGGAGAUUAUGUGACAGUAUUAGUGAAAGGUAGUGAAGAUCAUUACUAUUCUAGUAUAUCAUCAUACAGUUGGUCUUCAAAAUAUGGAGGUUCCGGCAGACGAGUUGGUGGUCAGGGUGAUAUUUUAUCUGGUGCAUUAGGUACUUUAUACAAUUGGGCUUUAAAUUUAAAAGUUUGUGAUACUGGAAAUAUUUUCCAACUAGCACAAAGCAUUUCAACAUUCGCAGCUGCAAGAUUUACGAGAGAAUGUAAUUACAAAGCUUAUCUUGAAUAUAGUCGUAGUCUAACAACUACUGAUAUGUUGAAAUAUAUUCACGCAUCUUUUGAAUCUUUGUUUAAUAAGGAAAAUUAAUUUUAUAUUUUUUUUUUAAUAAAAUAUUUAAGUAAUUAAA